AUGUCGAUGUAUCGCAAUGCCAAGAAGCUGUCCAAGGGUGCGCUGGCGGAUGAGCUUGGCGACACGUCAGAGUCAGAAGAGGAGGAAUUGUCAGAGGAGGAGGAUGAGGAUGAGGAGGAGGAGGAGGACAACGAUGAUGACGAGGACGAGGACGAGGACGAGGACGAGGACGAGGACGAGGACGAGGACGAGGAGAACAUUAAAUCGCAGAAAGGAAAGAAGGCCAAAGUUGGAACUUCCAAACAGGGGAAACAGCAGGGAUCAUCUGACUCUGACGAGAACGGAAAAGAAGAUAGUGAUGAUGAAGGGGAUGAGGAUGCAGAGCCCGGCGAUUCUACCACCAAGUUUCCGAUUACAUGUACUCUCUGCAACCGAACGUUGAAGGACGAGGAGCAACUGAACGUACACCUUGCAAGCAAGAAGCACCUGAAGAAGACUAGACAGCAUGAGCUCAACGAAAAGAAAGCUUCGAGGACACCUGAGGCCAUAGCCCACCUGAAGGAGAAGAACCAGCGGAAAAAGGAACGACGUCUUGCCAGGAAGAAGGAGGAGCGCGAGAAGAAAGGUCACGUAUGGGGUCAGCACAAAUAUCCCCUAAAGAAGGACAGAGAAAACAAGCAGCAAAACCCUCAAACGCCUCAGGCUGAGAAGGAUGGAAAGGGCGAGAAGUCAACAGGCAAGAAAGCGCAUGUGAGUAAAGGAGAAGCAAGGAGUGAGAAGAAGGAUGAAGAUGACAAGGACAGAAACGGCGGGAGAACAGUUGGCAAAACGAGCGAAAAGACAAUGACCAGCAACAAGGCAGGCAAGAAGAAUAAUGGAAGUUCCGAGCCAACGAGCACUAAAGGAUCGGCAACGCAAGGUAAAUCAAAAACGCCAGAAGUAAAAAGGAAGGAGGCGCCAAAGACAGCGCCCAGGAGCGUUCCGAGCAAGAAGAUGAGGAGAGAGUGA